CUGCACUCCAGCACAAAAGCGACUGCGAUGGGCAUCGAAGGCUUGCACGACGCGACCCGCCACUUGAGAACUCCCGUGCGCAUCUGCGACAGCUACGCCAACAAGAGGCUCGGCGUCGAUGUCUCCGGUUGGCUGCACUGGGCUAAGUAUAAAGUGCUGAAAGGAACCGGGCGCGUGCCGACGGAUGCCGACAUUAUCGAGGCCUGCUGCAGCCGCGUCAAAUUGCUGCUCGAGCACCGGGCGACUCCGGUCCUCGUGUUCGAUGGCGCGGCCGUCCCGGCGAAGGCCGAGACCGACGCGAGGCGGCGCGCGCAGCGCGAGGAAGCGCGGCAAGCCGCGGAUGACCUGCGUGCCGCGGGAGACCUGGCCGCGAUGAAUAAGAAGCUCACCGAAGCGCUUCCGGUGACGCACGAGCUCGCGCUCCAGCUCCGCGAGGAGGUGCAGUCGCGCUGGGGCGCCAGCGUCGACUGCCUCGUCGCGCCCUACGAGGCCGACGCGCAGCUGGCGGCUCUCGCGCGGAGCGGCGAGGUCGACGCGGUCGUCACGCGGGACGGCGACUUCCUGGCGUACCUCCUGCCCCCCGCGGUCGUGCUGUUUGAUUUGACGGCCGAGGGCGAGGUGGACGAGCAGAGAGUGGGAGACUUGCUCGACGCGACCCUAGGCGCGUCGCCACCGGUGGAUCUAAGCAGUUGGAGUUACGACAAGUGGCAGCUCGCGUGCUGCAUCGCCGGUUGCGACUACGUGGAAAGCGUGGACGGCGUCGGCCUCAUGACGGCGCUGCGGCUCGUCGACGAGCACGACGGCGACGUGGCGGCCAUCCUCCAAGCGAUUGAAGAUGAUCCUGGAUUGGGUGCCGUGCCCGCCGACUACGAGGAGAAGCUCCAUCAGGCCUACCUCACGUUCCGAUACCAGACGGUGUACGAUCGCGGGACGCGCACGACGAGGCCGCUGAGGCCGCUGCCGGAGGCGGUCGUCGAACGGUAUGGCGCCGCGCCGCCGUUUCUCGGUGCGCCGUUGGCGCCGGACGACGCGCCGGGCGUCGCUGAAGGGCGGCUCAACCCGAGCCCCCCACAUUAUCCGUUCGGCUACGUGCCGCCGCCGCCGCCGCCGGUCGUGCCGCCGCCUUCGCCACCAGCGCCGCCGCCGCCGCCGCGGUCGACGCCUCCACCGUCGCCGCCUCCGCCAGCCGCUCUCCCGUCUCCACCUCCGCCGGCGCCUGCACCGGCACCCGCGCCCGCAGCGCCGCCGCCGCCGCUCGCGCCGCCGCGCUUUCCCGCUCUCCCGCCAGCGGCGCCGCCCGCAGCGCCGCCCGCGCCCGCGGCGCCUGCUCCGGAUGCCGUUGUGCAGCGGCCCGCGAAACGCCGGCGCCUCGAGUCGUUCAUACCGACCAGCCCGCCGGCGCUGGCGUUGUCGAAAUUGCUCGUCGGAGCGGCUGCUGUAGGCGUCGGCGCGUACUUCGCCAACAGCCUCCUGGGCUGA